UUUAUGUUUAUUUCAAAAAAAAAAAUCUUAAAGUUUAUGUUGCUCUUAAUAUUGAAAGAUUAAAUUGAUAUCAAAUGAAACAGCAGCCAACAAGGUGAAGGAAGCAAGUGACAACCGCCACCAAUGGCGUAUCGCUCACUGUUCCUCUCUCUCCGGCGGAAUAGCGGUUUCAUCAGCACCAACAGUCACCACCAUCAAUCACGUUGUCUCCUCAACAGAGCCAGAUUUGUUUCUUCAGGUGCUGUGAGUACUGAUUUUGUGGAAAGUGAUGAUGAUCUAAGGAGCAGAAUCUUGAGGCUAAGGCUCCCCAAGCGAAGUGCCACAAACAUUCUUCACAAAUGGGUCCUUGAAGGGAACUCUGUUACAGUGUCUGAGCUUCGGGAUAUUGCCAAAGAGCUUAGAAGAUCUCAGCGUUACAAACACGCUUUGGAGAUAUCAGAAUGGAUGAUUACUCAUGAAGAACAUGGCUUAUCAGACUCUGAUUAUGCUAUGCGCAUAGAUUUGAUGACGAAAGUUUUCGGCAUUGACGCUGCAGAGCGAUACUUUGAGGCUCUACCAGUUGCUGCAAAGACAAGUGAAACUUACACAGCCCUCCUCCACUCUUAUGCUGGAGCCAAAAUGACUGAAAAAGCUGAGGAACUAUAUCAAAGGAUAAAGGAUUCUAACCUCUCCUUUGAUGCCCUUACUUACAAUGAAAUGAUGACUCUUUACAUGUCAGUUGGGCAGGUUGAAAAGGUGCCAUCAGUUGUUGAAGAACUAAAACAGCGAAAUGUCUCCCCAGAUAUAUUUACGUACAAUUUAUGGAUAAGUUCCUGUGCUGCUACUCUUAAUAUUGAUGAAGUUCGAAGGAUUCUCGAUGAAAUGAGCCAUGGUGCUGAUUCUAAUGAAAGUUGGACAAGAUAUUUGAACCUGGCCAACGUAUACGUCACUGCAAGUCAUCUUGAUAAUUCAAGUUCAAACUCACUUGCUGAGACCGAGAAGAGGAUCACUCAAAGUCAAUGGAUAACUUAUGACUUCUUGAUCAUUCUUUAUGCUGGGCUGGGAAGUAAGGAUAAACUUGAUCAGAUAUGGAAUUCGUUGAGAAUGACGAAACAGAAAAUGAUUAACAGGAAUUAUAGCUGCAUAAUUUCUGCAUAUCUGAUGCUUGGUCAUGUAAAAGAAGUAGGUGAGGUUAUUGAUCAGUGGAAGAACUCAACUAUAGAUUUUGAUAUGCUUGCGUGUAAAAAGAUUAUGGAUGCUUUUAGAGCCACUGGCUUAGCUGAUAUAGCCAACAACCUGAAUAUGAUUCUUAUUGAGAAGAACAUCAAUCCAGGAAAUAACUGACUUUGAGAUUUGAGAUCAACUUGCUGCCUUCUUGAGGAAAUUAUGUAUACUUCAUUUGCAAUUUGCUUAUACAACUCUGAAUGAAUAACCUGCAGUGUAAGAUUCCCUUGGCUAGGAUCUUUGGUGUUGUCAAAGCCUUCAGUUUUCCCCUUUUUCCUUAAUCGUAGUUGUAAUGCUGCUGUCAGUAUCAAUUUUACUCAAUAUUCACCAAUAUGAUAUCAUUUCAUCCUA